AUGGAUGGCAACAGCCCCUACUCAAAAGAGCUGCAAAUUGCUUGCUUGGCGGUCCAGAGAGCCGCGCGCUUGACAAAGAAGCUUAUCGCGGCCGUCGACAAAGGGUCCCUGGACAAAAGCGACGACACCCCGGUCACAAUCGCUGAUUUUGGGGCGCAGAGUCUAAUUAUUGCCGCCAUCCAUAGUGCGUUCCCGGAUGAUGAAAUUGUUGGCGAGGAGGACUCAAAAACCCUCCGUGCGCAACCGGAUUUGCUUGAACGGACCUGGGAUCUAGUUUCGUCUACUCGUCUUGAGGACAAGGAAAGUGAAAGGCUACUCACUGCGCCUAGCUCGAGGGAUGAGAUGCUUCGCCUGAUUGAUCUUGGUGCGCUGGGUAACUGCAAGCCGCGAGGUCGGACAUGGGUUCUCGAUCCCGUUGACGGGACGGCGACCUUUAUGCGGGGCCAGCAGUACGCUGUUUGCUUGGGCCUUGUGGAGGAUGGGAAGCAGAAGCUUGGUGUUACGGGGUGUCCAAAUCUCAAUUCGGAGUCUGGGUCUGUCCAUGAGGAUCUCGCGGACCGGACAGGACAUGGAGUCAUGAUCUUCGCCGUUGAUGGGCAGGGUGCGUGGUCGAGACAGUUGGGGACCGGGUCACUUCUUCCAGCUACGAAACUUGAACCGAAAUCGCAAAUCACAGAGUUUCAGGAUAUUCAGUUCGUGGAUUGCAAGGCUGCGACAUCCUCGAACUAUGAGGUGCAUGGGGCCCUUGCAGAGAGGUUUGGAGCUCCGUGGCCGCCUAGGACGGAUCUAUGGUCUGCGCAACUGCGAUAUAUUGCCAUCGCUGUCGGUGGCUGUAACGUGCUCAUCAAGAUUCCGCGGAAAGCUUCGUAUCGCUCAAAGGUAUGGGAUCACGUGGGAGGUAUGUUAAUAGUCACGGAGCUGGGCUGCCAAGUAAGCGACCUGAAAGGAAACCCCGUUGAUUGCAGCCUGGGAAGAACUCUUGAGGGGUGCGAGGGGAUGAUUAUUGCGCCAAAAUCCAUCCACCACAGUCUCGUGAAAGCUGUGGAACAGAUGCAGUGA